AUGUGCGGCGCUGUUAUAAUCAGUACAAAGACGCUGUUGACCGCAGCGCAUUGUACUAUAAGUUAUGCGGCAGAUCCACCUUCUUUACGUGCCGUCGUAGGUACAGCCUUCCGUUUGUCUGGAGGGAAGUCGUACGGGUUAUCAAAGGUCGUGGUCCACGAGAACUAUUCAUCACUUUCAUUGGAAAAUGACAUCUCAUUAUUGGUGACCAGUAAGCGGAUGAGUUUUGGUCAGAGUGUGAGAGCAGUAAAUUUUGCAAGUGCUACUCACGUGUUGCCUGUUGGUACUGAAGCUGUAGUUUCUGGAUACGGUAGUGUCUCGUACGAAGGUUCGGCGUCGCCAGUUUUGCUUGCAGCGCGCGUUAGAAUUGUCGAGCAGGAUACUUGCGCUCGCGCAUACCUCCGCAUCGCAGAUAUUACCACCGGGAUGCUUUGCGCAAACGCUACUAACCCUCCAAGAGAUGCUUGCCAAGGGGACUCUGGUGGGCCUUUAGUCGCUAACAACACUCUAGUCGGAAUAGUAUCCUGGGGUGAAGGCUGUGCAGACCUCACGUACCCUGGAGUUUAUACGAGAGUAUCUGUAUAUAAUUCAUGGAUUCUAACUUACAUAGAGAGUUAA